GGCGCCCCGGGGAAACGUGAAGACAAGCCCGCCUUGCAGCCUCCCGGGCGGAGGGGCUUCGAGCGCCGGGGGAAUUUGCAGACGCUCCCUGCUGGUGGGGACAGAGUGACCGGUGUCCUUCAGUCGGGCCGCGGCGCUCGGGAGCUCGCGUGGACGCCGAGGUGGCCGCGGGGCGCCGCGGGCUGCGGGGGUCGGCGGGGACGGCGGCCCAGCCAUGUCCGAGCCGGCCCCGGGCGCGGCCGAGCGCGACCUUUUCCGCGACACGUGGGUGCGAUACCUGGGCUAUGCCAAUGAAGUGGGGGAGGCGUUCCGCUCCCUGGUGCCAGCAGCUGUGGUGUGGCUGAGUUACGGGGUGUCCAGCUCCUAUGUGCUGGCUGACGCCAUUGACAAGGGCAAGAAGGCGGGAGAGGUGCCAAGCCCCGAAGCAGGCCGGAGCACCCGGGUGACUGUGGCCGUGGUGGACACGCUUGUGUGGCAGGCUCUGGCCUCGGUGGCCCUCCCCGGCUUCACCAUCAACCGAGUAUGUGCUGCCUCUCUCUACCUCCUGGGCACGGCCACCCGCUGGCCCCUGGCGGUCCGUAAGUGGACCACGACCACACUAGGGCUGUUGACCAUCCCCAUCAUUAUCCACCCCAUUGACAGGUCCGUGGACUUCCUCCUGGACUCCAGCCUGCGCAAGCUCUACCCCUCCGUGGAGAAGCCCAGCUCUUCCUGAGCCCUUCGUGCCCGACCUGUGGGUUGGCUCCCCCCCCCCCCCCCGCCCCUGUGUCAUCUGCCUCCCACCAGCGGAUGCGGUUUGUGACCCUGGCCCCGAGUGGGGUUUUGCUGCUUGCACACGGAGAGGCUGCGGGC